AUGGAUCACCUGACUGCGCUCUUCCAGGAGAUGUGGCGUCAAGGUGAAGUCCCGCAAGAUUUCAAGGACGCAACUAUCGUGAACCUAUACAAGCGAAAAGAGAAUCGCCAAGUCUGCGACAACCACCGCGGCAUCUCCCUACUGAACAUCGCCGGGAAGAUCUUCGCUCGCAUCCUGCUCAACCGCCUCAACAACCAUCUCGAACAGGGCCUUCUGCCGGAAAGCCAAUGCGGCUUCCGUCGUCAUCGUGGGACCACGGAUAUGAUCUUCGCCGCCCGCCAACUUCAGGAGAAGUGCCAGGAGAUGCGGACCCACCUGUACUCUACCUUCGUGGACCUGACGAAAGCCGUCGACACGGUGAAUCGUGAAAGACUAUGGAAGAUCAUGCAGAAAUUCGGCUGUCCGGAGCGAUUCACUCAGAUGGUGCGUCAGCUGCACGACGGUAUGAUGGCGCGAGUCACGGACAACGGUGCUGUCUCAGAGGCAUUCGCAGUGACCAACGGAGUGAAGUAG